AUGGUCUCGAAAUUCGCUGCAGGCGUCUUAGUCGCCGCUAGUUUGUUCCAUGCUGCUGUAGUCGACGCUGCGAAGCCGACGACGGCCGAGGAUAUCAAGAAAUCGCUGGAGACAAAUGGACUCGAUAUCUCCAAGCUGCCGUCCACUGCCGGUUAUGAAAUAGCGACUGAUAGCGGAAUCAACACUGGUCCGCAACAUUGCAAUCUCUUGUGCCCUGCCCUGGCUAGAAUCUUCCCCGGCCAAACCCUAACCCGCAACCAAAGCCUUUUGUUCUCCAACUGGACAGACGCCUUCUGGUCACAGCAGCAGGAGGAGACCACUCCGCAGUGCAUUUUCCAGCCUCGUUCUGCUGUCGAAGUAUCCUCUAGCGUGCUUCUUGCCGAGCUUUUCACCUGCUCCUUUGCAAUCAAGAGCGGCGGCCAUGCUGCGUUUGCCGGCUCGUCCAGUAUCGAGAAUGGCUUGAACAUCGAUCUAAGUAAAUUGAAUGGCAUUACUCUGAGUCAAGACCAAAGCGUUGUUGAAGUUGGUCCCGGUAAUCGCUGGGUUGAUGUUUAUGACCAUCUGCUACCGUAUAACCUUUCAGUCAUCGGCGGCCGAGUAUCGGAUAUUGGCAUUGGUGGAUUGACUACCGGUGGAGGAAUAUCGUUCUUCUCUCAGAUCUACGGCUGGGCUUGUGACAACGUUGUCAACUAUGAAGUCGUUCUCGCCUCAGGCGCCGUCGUCAACGUCAAUACGACCUCCAACCCGGAUCUCUACUGGGCUCUCCGCGGUGGCGGCAAUAACUUUGGCAUCGUCACGCGUUUCGACUUGAGCACUCACUCGCAGGGGCCCCUGUGGAGUGGCACGCUGAUCUACACUCCCGACAAGACCGACCAACUGAUCGAGAAUUUCUACAACUAUGGCGUCAACGCUGCUACCGAUCCCAAGUCGGCCAUAAUUAUGAACUGGGCGUACGCCGAGGGCACAUUCCUCGGUGUCGCAGACAUUGAGUACGCCGAUUCCACUAUCAAUCCACCAAUCUUCCAGAGCUUCACCAACAUCUCGACCGUGGAAAACACCAUGGCGGUACGCACUUUAUCCGAGGUGACCGACAUGUUCAAACAGUCCAACCCAGACGGCCUGCGAGAGAGCUACUGGACAGCCACGUUCUCCCUGACCAAGGACAUGGUUUCUUUCCUGGUCAAGACGUUCGAAGAAGAAUCCAUCCGCGCCGCCAACGCAACCAGCUACACUCCUGCCCUGGUCCUGCAAAUCAUCUCCACCGAUGUCACGAAACAGAUGCAAAAGAACGGCGGAAAUGCCCUUGGUCUGUCACCCUCGGACGGCAAUCUGCUUCUACUAAAUCUGUCCUUCAUGUGGGCUGAAAUCGCCGACGACAACUUGAUCUUGGACAUUCUCGGCGCCAUCACGGCCAAGUCGAUUGCAUACGCCAAGGCCAACGGGCUGUAUAAGGAGUAUUUAUACAUGAACUACGCGAGCCAGUACCAGGCGGUUUUGCCAUCGUACGGCCGGGAAAACUUUGAGCGGCUGCAAAAGGUCUCGCAGACGUAUGACCCCUUGCAGGUCUUUCAGAGAUUGCAGCCUGGUUAUUUCAAGUUGACCAAGCAGCCGCCGAAUGCAACCUAUCCGUCUUCUUGA